UUUGUCUCUUAUGUGCUGACUGUGUGUGUGUUUGUGUGUGUGUGCGUAGCAGUGUCAGCCAGCGCCUGUCUCGGUUCGGACCGGUCGUGAUGAUGCGGGCUGUGCUGCUGCUGCUGCUCGGGCUUGUAGCGUCGUGCCGGGCAGAGUUCGCUCCGCCGACAGUGAAUAUCAGCCUGGAUGAAGAUCCAGAGGUGCGGUGGGCGCCUCUACUCAAAGUGUUCGACGUUGAGUACCUGAAGAAAGCCGCUGCGGAGGUCAUUGACACUACAGUUCCUAAAUGGGUCCAUCAGUUAGGCAAACCCAUUGUGAUGGCUUUGGAAAAGUACAUGCCUCAGCCCUACGCAGGGGAGAUCCGUGGCCUGGCUUCAUACCUGGGAGGAGACCUCGCCGAUGUCGUCAUUCUCAACUUUGCCUAUGAAAUAUCUGCAUUUUGCACUAGCAUCGUAGCUCAAGACAAAAAUGGGCACGUGUACCACGGCAGGAAUCUUGAUUAUCCGCAUUCUGUUCUGAGGAAUCUGACUGUCAACGUAGUUUUCCACAAGAAUGGAAAGGUAGCGUAUCGUGGAACUUCAUUUGCUGGCUACAUUGGCCUUUGGACAGGACAGAGUCCGAACAAGUUUACCGUGUCCGGCGACCAGCGAGGAAAGGAGCACUGGUGGAAUUGGUGGAAGAAUGUGGUGUCUGCCUUCCUCUUCCACAGAUCCCCAGUGAGCUGGUUGGUCAGGGAGACACUGGAAGAAGCAGAAGACUUUCAGGAUGCAGUCAUGCGCCUUUCCAAAAUCCCCAUCAUCACUGGAGUGUAUUACAUUGUCGGUGGGGUGAAAGCAGGAGAAGGAGCUGUCAUCACCAGAGACCGGACGGGUCCCGCUGAUAUCUGGCCACUGGACACCUUGUAUGGAGGAUGGUACAGGGUGGAGACGAACUUUGACCACUGGCUUCCCCCUCCAGCCAGAGAUCAUCGAAGAGAGGCAGCCAACAAAGCACUAAAUGCUACCGGUCAAGAUCACAUCAACCUGGACACGCUUUAUAAGGUUUUGUCACUGUUUCCAGUGUGUAACGGAAUUACUGUUUACACGACAACAAUGAGUGCAGCAACCCCUGAGAAGUACAACACACUUGUCAGGCCGCAGGGCUGCAGAAUGAGCUGACAGGCAUCAAGCAGUCAACAACAUGCAAAUUUUUGCUGCAGUGUGUCCUUGCGGGCCUGAACAUCAGGAAUAUAUUGGGGAUUGGGGAUCAUAUAAUCAAUGAGUAUGGAAGGAAACUGGACACAAGCAAGGGGUGACCGUGACCUUUUCUGCCUCUAAUGACACAAAAAAUGUUAGGAUCACUUUUGUUACCUCAUGUACCUGUGAUUUAUAUGUCAAGCUGAAUAAAAUUUUGGUUACUUUAACUGUCAUGAUCAUCUGCAGUCAGCUGAA